AUGGCUGAAUGGGGUAAUCCUAACCAGCUUCGUGAUUUACCUGGUUAUCCCAUUCAAUAUAAUUACCAUGAUUAUGUUGAUGCUUGCGCCAUUUCAGAUAUCCUCCCUGAUGAUCUCCGUGAAAUAGUUAAUUAUUUUGCCUCUGUUUAUCCCUUUAUUGCUCAUCAACGACAAUUUCCAUUAUUGCUAAUCUUUAUAUCCAAAUACAAAAUUCCAUGGAUAUUUAAAUGGCAAUAUGGGAUUGAUGAUAACAUCAUCAUUCGCCAACACAUAGUCAAAUGGUGGGUUAAGUUCAAUGUACCCAGAAUUCUUGAGAUUGUUCAAGAGAAAUUCCCACCUGAUCAGUGUGCUCCAACUCCUGCUCUUGCUAAAGCCCAGCAGAACCCAACUGCUGCAAUUACUCAAGAAACUUAUCUUAAUCACCCAAAAGAUCACCUCAAGCUUCCUUGUCUCAACACUUCAGUUUCAACUCAUUUACACCCCUUAUCCGACUCAACCGACGAGAGUUUCGUCCAAAAUCUCGAGGAUUUGGCAAAUUUGCCCACAAUUGCAAAUGGAUUUCAUCAAAUUGCCCCCCGGGAAUCGAUUAGGAGAGUUUUCAUUCAAGACCCACCUUGGAUUACUUCACUGUUUAUGAAGAAUUUGUACAAUAGGACUAAACAAGAGGUGAAAUCAGAAUUCCAAGAAGUUGAUAGGAAGAGAUAUUAUUUGUUGAGGAGGAGACAGAUUAGGGCUGAGACUGAGGCUUGGGAGAAGAUGGUGGAGGAGUAUAGGGAGUUGGAGAGAGAGAUGUGUGAGAAAAAAUUGGCCCCCAAUUUGCCUUAUGUAAAGAAGUUGUUUUUUGGUUGGUUUGAGCCUUUGAGGGAGGCAAUUGCUAAGGAACAGAGGACGCAGAGAACGAAGAAGCAAAAGGCGGCAUUUGCACCGAAUAUCGAUUCUUUGCCCGCUGAUAAGAUGGCUAUUAUUGUGAUGCAUAAGAUGAUGGCUUUGUUGAUGACUGUGCAAGAGGACAUGUCUGUUCGGGUUGUUCAAGCUGCGGUUCAGAUUGGUGUGGCAAUUGAACAGGAGGUUAGAAUUCAUAGUUUCUUGGAGAAAACUAAGAUGUACCAGAGAAAGAAGAUUGUAGCUCCAACUGAAGAAAGCUUUCGUAAGGAUGUUGAGAUACGAAGGAAACGUGUAAAAAGUUUGAUCAGAAGAAGAAAGAUACUUGAGGUGCAAAAGCUGGUGAAAGAUGAAGAAAUUAAGCCUUGGGGUCGUGACACACAGGCUAAGCUAGGAUGUCGUCUGAUAGAAUUAUUAACUGAAACAGCUUAUGUACAGCCUCCAGUCAACCAGUUAGCAGAUAGUCCACCUGAUAUUCGACCUGCAUUUAGGCACUUAUUCAGAAUUUCAAACGAUCCUGGGCAGAAAGUUGUUAAGAGGUAUGGAGUUAUAGAAUGUGAUCCCCUAGUCCUUGCAGGACUUGAUAGAACUGUUAAGCAUAUGAUCAUUCCUUAUGUGCCAAUGUUGGUGCCUCCAAAAAAAUGGAAAGGGUAUGACAAAGGUGGGUACUUUUUCUUACCUUCUUAUCUCAUGCGAACUCAUGGAUCGAGGCAGCAACAAGAUGCUGUUAAGAAAAUUGCUGUGAAACAAAUGCAGAAAGUAUACGAGGCCCUGGACACACUAGGAAAUACCAAAUGGAGAGUUAACCGAAGAGUUCUGAGUGUGGUGGAGAGCAUUUGGGCUGGAGGUGGCAACAUUGGAGGCCUGGUUGAUCGCAAAGAUGUUCCCAUACCUGAGAGGCCACAAUCAGAGGAUUUAACAGAAAUAAAAAAAUGGAAAUGGAGUGUAAGAAAGGCAAAAAAAAUCAACCAAGAGUUGCAUUCUCAACGAUGUGAUAUUGAACUUAAGCUUUCUGUGGCUCGGAAAAUGAAAGGUGAGGAAGGGUUUUAUUAUCCCCACAAUCUGGAUUUCCGGGGCCGGGCUUACCCUAUGCAUCCGCAUUUGAACCAUUUGAGUUCUGAUCUCUGUCGAGGAGUUCUUGAGUUUGCGGAAGGGCGACCAUUAGGGAAGUCUGGUUUACGUUGGCUGAAGAUACAUUUAGCAAACCUAUAUGCAGGUGGUGUUGAAAAGCUUUCAUAUGAUGGACGCCUAGCGUUUGUGGAAAGCCAUCUGGAUGAUGUAUUGGAUUCAGCAGACAACCCUCUUCAUGGAAAUCGGUGGUGGUUAACUGCUGAAGAUCCUUUUCAAUGUUUGGCAACUUGUAUUAAUCUGACAGAAGCCUUAAAAAGCUCAUCGCCGCAUACUGUCAUCUCCCACCUGCCUAUUCAUCAGGAUGGUUCAUGCAAUGGCCUACAGCACUAUGCAGCCUUGGGAAGAGAUGCUUUGGAAGCAGCUGCUGUCAACUUAGUUGCUGGAGAGAAACCUGCUGAUGUUUAUUCCGAAAUUGCUGCAAGGGUUCAUGAUAUCAUGGUAAGGGACAGCAAUAAGGAUCCUGCAACUAGUCCAAAUGCUUUAUUAGCCAAGCUCUUAAUUGGACAGGUGGAUAGGAAACUAGUGAAACAGACAGUGAUGACUUCAGUAUAUGGCGUUACUUAUGUUGGUGCACGAGAGCAGAUCAAAAGGAGAUUAGAGGAGAAGGGUCAAAUUACUGAUGAUGGCCUACUUUUUAAUGCAGCUUGCUAUGCUGCUAAA